UUGAAGGAGGUUUGUGCCGCUUCUUUUCUUCUUCUUGACGUUUGUCGGUUGAUCUGAUUUCCGUUCGCUGUUUCGAGGCGGCGCGGCAGUCGUUGAUGAUCAUCCCCGGGAAUCAGGUGCAACACCAUCCGCAGCCAGAACGGGGGAGGAGCUAUCAGAGCCAGGUCACACCCCUCCACUACAGCGCUUCACCCGAGAGAGAGAGAGACGGAGAGAGAAACUAAGGAGCGCUCAGCCGUCCGCCACCGUCCACAACCAGAAAAAUAUGAUCCGGACACGAUCCUGCGCUUCUCCCAUGAAGACAACACCUGAUCUCAGCCGAACCCAGUGACCACCGCUCGGCGUUUGCGCUGCCCUGCUUAACUAUUUUUUAUUUUUAUUUUUUUUUCCCUCACACCUUCUCUCUCUCUUUCUCUCUCUCUCUCUCUCUCUCACACACACACACACACUCUUUGCGUCUCUCCGGUGGAUCUUCCGUGCCAGAAAAUCAUGUGCGUGGAGAGCAACGGACGCGAGAUCGAGGGCUGUAACAGUUCGGAGGAGGUGCGCACGCUGUCGGGCAGCAUGAGCCCCGGACUGAUGCCCAGCCCGGACCUUCACUCCUGCAAACCGGGCCAGAAAUUCCGCGCCGCGCUGCUCCGGUGCCGCACACCGGCUGUCGCUGCGGGAAUCCUCAGCGUUGGGAACGUCCUCAAUUACAUAGACAGAUCCACAGUGGCUGGCAAGACGGAAAUGUCAGCGAUGGAAAGGAGAGCAUCCCUGUCAAUAAUCACGUAAAUCUAAGAAACAACUAAUCAGGUGAGACUUCA